CAGAGGACAUGUAGGUGUCUCUGCAGCAGCAUCAGCCUGGAUACUGAUUCCCUGCUGGACAUGGAGCUCUUUAUCCAUCACUGAAACAUCACAGAAGACAAACAUGGGGGAGAGCGUCGAUGUGAAGGCUCUGAGGGCCCGCUUCAACACCAAGGUCAGCACCUCGGACACCAGCAGCAGAGACAGCGGCUCCCCGAAGUCUCCAAGACCAGGGUUUGGGAAACCAACCCCACUGUUGACGGAGAACAUUCUGGCCCAGCACAGACUGUCCCCCACGGUUCCCCCUCCGAUGGCCAGCCCAGGCCUUGUGAGGUUCCCCAGGGCUGAACCGAUGCCAGCUUCAGUCCCUCCAAGACUUGGUUUCUCCCCCAGACCGCCUUCAAAUCCGGGAAUGAGGGUGCCAAUCCAGCCGAUAGACAACAGCAAUGUCAAGCAAACCGGGGCGAUGCUACAGAACAUGAUGCUGAGGCACCAGGGGCUUCCAGGAACCAAACCAGGUCCUGCUCCCGCUCCUGCUCCUUCUCACACCUCGACUCCUCCAUCGCUCGGGCACCAGUCCCGGCAAAAGAGCACAGGGGACGUGACUCCGCUGAGAAGGCACCUGCCCCCUGAAGGACUCCUGCCUGUAAAACCAAAAAGGCCCCCCCAUGUCAACCUGGAGCCCUUCCUGAGGCAAAAUCGAGGACCGGCCUUACCCAGCCCGAGGAAGCAGGACGCUGGUCCUCCUCAACCAGCGGGUGGAAAGAUUUCUUCGCCUGCUCUGCCUCCCAUACUGCCUCAAAGAUUCAACAAACCCAGCAGGCUGCCGCACCAGGCCGCCUCAGUAGACAUUCAGGACUUCCAGGAGACCUAUGAUGACAUUGGAAGCUUUGAGAAGAGUGAGACUUGGAGUGACAACAGCUCUCCCUGUUUGGACGGGGAAGACGAUGAAGUGUAUGAAUCGAUUGAUGAGGACCAGGUGGAGGUAAAUCGGGUGAACGCUGAGAAGAAAAACAAAAAAGAAGCAAAGAGGCAACAAGAGCUGGAGAAGAAGGAGAAGAUAGAGCGUCGGAAAAAAGAAAACGAGUUAAAGAAGAACUUUCAGUUACAAGGUGAGGUGGAGGUUCUUCACACAGCCAGGGUCAGACACGACUGGAGCGGGGGAGGAAAACUGGACCUCAGUGUCAGACAAGGGGAGAGCGUGGAGAUAAUCCGAGUGAAGAAUAACCCGGGAGGCAAAUGGUUGGCUCGCUCCAUGAACGGAACCUACGGCUACAUCAGUAACUCAUGUGUGGACGUUGACUAUGAAGCGGUGAAGCGCAAGUUGCUCGGGGCCAGAAAACCAGAAACAUCAACGUUGCCUCCACCACCUCCAGACCCCCCAAUGCAGAUGUUACAUCUGGAGUCAAAUAACAGAGACAGCCCAGGUGAAGAUGAUGAUGACUACGAUGAUGUUCAACCAAUAUCUGAGGAUUUCCCUCCACCUCCACCUGAAAUCAGUAUCGAUCCUCGAGUGUUGAAGGAGUUGAAAAAGAAAUUCAGGUAUGAAGGGACUCUGAUGGUGCUGCACACCAUGAUGGUGGAUCCUAACGCAGUCAUCAAGAAACCAGGAGCUAAUUAUCUAACUGUGAAUCAUGGUGAAGUCCUGGACGUCAUCCAGCUCACCAACAACAAGAAAGCUCUUUGUCGUAACCAGCAGGGAAAAUUCGGUUAUGUGUCCAGAUCUCUUCUUCUUCCACUGGAGGGAGACAUAUAUGAUGAUGUUGACUACGGAACCGAUAUCUACGACAACGACUGAACAUCACCAACUAUUCAAACAUGCUAGAUUAUAACACACUCAAACUAAAGAGAAGAAGACACAGAUUAAAAAAGCAAACUAUAUACAAUCAUUAAAUCAAACUUAAGCUACAUCAAUCUGUUCAAUCGGUGCACUCUUUGUGUUAUUGGACUUCACCGGUUGCAUUUGAUUCAACAGGAUUUAACACAGUCUGUGCCACAUGAUGUAUUAACUACUCACACACAAACUUUUAAAACAAGUCUUAAACACAGACGUGCCCCAAACUGAAAAUAUCAAACUCGUCAUAAUAAGAUUGUCCUGUAUAGAAUAUGAACACACUAUUACUUCAGCUUUGUGUAUAGAUGGCCUCUGAGAUAAUGUAAAAUAAAUGAAUGAACUUUUUCUGG